AUGGAUCACAUUCCAGCCUGGAAAAGAAUCGCUAUUAGGAAUCAAGAGGGUUCCACAACAGACAACGAUGCGACUGCCCUUCAGGUGACUACGCAUCUGGCAACAGCGAACCUGAGCAAAAGAGAGAAGAGGAAGAUUAUCAAAGGAGAACCGGAAAGCGGCAAGAACCAGAAAAAACACGGCAACCCUAACAAGAAACAGAAGAAGGACAAGGCGCCUCGUGAAGAAAGACUUUUGAACAAAGAACAGGUGUUGAAGGACCAGCUGCGAUAUUUGAUAGACUUCUACCGCGAGAAAGUUGGAACUCUACCGCAAGAAGUGUGGGAACACAAGCCAGUGCAAGCACAGCUGGGUGAUCCUGCUAUUUCUGACGAAGAAAAGGAUGCAAGCAGCUCGAAGCCGCAAGUGAUGGAGGUGUGGAAAUUCUCGAAGCAAAAACAAAAUUGGCUAUUGAAGCACGUCCUAGACGAUACACAGAUUCCUGAAUGUUAUGACGAGCUGCUGUAUGUGUAUUUCAAAGAUCUCAAAGGUGGUUCCAAAGCAGGACUUGAGAAAUCCUGCCAGGAUUGUGUGGAUCGACACGAAAAAGCACAAUUAGAGGCACAAUCGCAAGAUUCUGAGGAAGAAAAGCGUGGUAAGGAUGUAGAACUUGGGGAAAAAGGCGAUGAGAAAGCUCCCGCUGAUGGCGACGAAUCAUCAACAAAACCCGAAGAAACUGAAACGAAAGACCAGAAGGCUGAUUCCGCGUCCAAACCACGAAAUGACGAGAUUCCACCAUCUGAGCACCAGGUCAAACGCGCUCAGAAACUACUGGAGUAUCUUAAACAAGCAUGA